CACUCACUCACUCACUCACUCACUCACUCACUCACUCACUCACUCACUCACUCACUCACUCACUCACUCACUCACUCACUCACUCACUCACUCACUCACUCACUCACUUACUUACCCUUAAAAAUUGUCUUCAGAAGCUAGGUAGAAUCAAAAACGAAGAAAAUGUCAUUUUGAUGCCACAACCCUAAAUAAGGCAUCGUUCGGCGGCUUUUAGAACGCGAACGGCUCACACGGAAGCUGCACCAGCGUUCAGCGCUCGCCUCAUCGCCCCAAGAAGUUCCAAGGUCUUGGAAGGAAGCAAGGAAUCUGUCACAACGUGACUUGGAGAGGUCACUGUACGGUUAAAAUGUGUACUUUAAAGUUCGUAUCUGUUUGAUGAGGCAGUCACAAUUUCAGAGCAGUGGGACAAGCAGCGGGAAAAUGGAGGAAGAUAGCUGUGACAUGAUUUGCUGUGUAUCGAAGAGCAUUGGCAAAGAAUGCUGUUACGAUUGUGGCAGAUCGCUGCUUAUCCCAGGCUUCAUGCUUAUCAUCGAGGUCGUUCUAGCAGUGAUACUCAUCGUGGUGUUUCACAUGAAAACCCAGCCGAAUGACGCUGUGACCAUCGAAGGCGUCGAAGCCCUCUUCAUCGUGUACAUGUGUUUUGCAAUUCUUGGGAUGCUAUAUAUGUACUACAAAAACAGAAAAUCAUCUGGAGGAAAAUUCGCGGAAUUUCGCGACAAAGUAGACAGCGGUACCCGCUAUCUCACGGCUGGGUUAUACGCAUUUGGCAGUGGAAGUCUGUUUAUAGAUAUCCUUUACAUUUUUGCGUAUGCUCAUUGCAUGGAGACCAGAACCCACAUAGCGUACCAUGUGUUCCGAGUUAUAUUCACACUAAGUCAGAUGCUGUACUUGCAGAAGUUUUGUUGCUCCAGGUUGUUGCGGUUGUGUUCUUUGAGUUUCAUUGUUUUCCACAUCUUGGCCACGAACAUAUCGCUGUGGAUCUAUUUCGUUGUUGAGGACGCUGAAAUCUUUCCAGUGGAUCAGAGUAUUACCGACCACAGGCAUAAAGAAUGCGAACAUAAAAGCAAUGUUACAAGUCUUUUGGAGGAUUGGAGAGAAAAUGCAUCACCCUUUACUCUGGAGUUUUUCCUAACAUCGUCUGGCCUUAUUUAUGCUAUUGUCAAGUCCAUGAAAUCGGCUUUCAAUAGCUAUAAACCGUCCGAUUACGAGGAAAUAGCAUCGAAGGCCGAAAGUAGCCACACAGCAACAACCACAAAUACAUCAACAACAACAAGCCAGACAUGCAGUAUAGUGAACACAGUCCGUUACCCAGGGUUCUUAGCGGGCUUGGCAGUGGGUGUAAUGAUAGCAGUCUCUUCACUUGUGCUAAAACAGAAGCAUGAUUAUAAUAAUAGCCUAGUGUUUCAUCACUCAUUGAUGACAGUUGUGUUUCUUUCCCAAGUUGGGUGUCUUAUCUAUCUUCUCUAUCAGCUCUCAGAUUCUGAAAGAAUCAGGAAAUCGUUGUCAAUCAACGAUACAUUACUUAUUUUAUCUUAUAUGGGUGUUCUCGCGUGGUGCCUCUUCUUCAUGUUCGCCUCUGCUAGUAGCAUUAGAGGUGCAGACAGCAAAAUCGAGGCUAGCGCGGCGAGAUGUAUUUUUGUCGACAAUUUCUUCUGCUUUGUUCAAUCAACAUUGCAGACAUGGAUCUUGACAAGGACGAUGCGUGUUCGACCUCAUUUUAAAGAUGCAAGGAACGCUUCAUCUGAGAAGAAAUUGAACAAGAUUCAACAAACAUGUGUGUACAUGAUCAUGACAAACAUUGCAUUCUGGGUAACAGAUUCAUUUUUCGAGUUUAAGCAAACUGACGUAUACUACCCUGUUGCUUACGAAUUCUUCAAAGGAAGUUUCUCAACCACGGAUGAAUAAUAGAAAAGUUUUAUACACUUAACAAGAAGUUAAGCAGGUUGGAAGGAAUCUAAAUGCUCAGAAUAAAUCAACUCAUUACACUGAAAAAGAUCUAAACUAUGUUUCGAAAAGUAAUACUGUGCUGAGGGAGCUCAAGGGAAUCAGCUUUCGUUGCAAAAAGUAACAAAUUAUAUCAGCACUGAUAUGUCAUUACGAUCCCAUACCGUUAUUAGUGUUUGAGAUAUUUUUAAAUGCAGGCUUUAAAGAAAGAACCAACAUCCCGUAUCACAGGUGUAUUUUUGCAAGAAUUUCCUGCUUGUAACUCACUCACAACACUACAGAUAAAUCUCCUUUGUACAAAGUUAUAGUUUUUGGUAUGAGUCUUUCAUAAAAUCGCUUCAUUUAUCAAGACGCAGGAAUUGCCAUUUUAAUGCUCGCUCAUUGAUGCAAGAAUGGCAAUGUUCCACAUUUCUUUGCCAACCCUUUGAAAGAGUUUUGACAAUAGCAUCCACUUUAAGUGGGGCUGCUGAAAGGGGGGAUGAGGGGCAAAAUGCCCCAGGGGGCCUCAGGGUUGAUUGCACGAUGUUAGGAACGUGAUUAAUCAAUUGUAGCGAAAGUAUGCUUAACGUAAAACAAUUUCUUGUACGUAUUUUGCAAUGUAUUUGUUUUUCUUUUGUAAGUAUUUUACUGAUAAAAAUACUAUUGUCUAAUCCGGCGAUGUUCCUGAAGUUGUUGUAUAGAUAAAUAAAAUAUCGAAGACGCUGUUAAUUAUAAAAUAAAAGACAUUGUGUUGCUCCUCACGGAUCUGUCCUAGGGCUAGUGCUUUUCCUGAUAUUCAUAUGAUAUCUAAUGCUAUAAUUAUAUUUAAUGCUAUUCAUUGCACUGUGACUUAUAUUUUUUCAAUUAACAACCGGAACUUGUACUGCCCAACGGAUGGUUGGGAACAUUUCCCAUAAAACGGUGUACGACAAAGCUCUUUGCUAAGACUGUUAUUUGUCAUUGUUUUCCUAUGUUAUUUCAUCAACGUAGUUCGCUAUUCAAUUCUUUUCCCGAUUUUGUCAAUUAUUAUCCCGAAUACUUCUACUUUCGCACCCCCAUCUCUAAAAAUAUUGACAGUAUAGACAAAUAUCAUAGAAUUUACAGAUGAAAACGUACAUCGCAAACUCCUACGUCGUUUUAUUGCAAACGAACAUUGUUCAAAGGGGGGAUUUGGUAAUUGUAUUAGCCCUUAGGGGACGCCUGCACUUUAGCGACCCACUUUUUUGUUCCCUGGUCGGAAGUUGAAUUGAAUUACAAACCUUUCGAUCUAGCCUGGUUUCUGAACAAUCGAAAGUUCGAAUCUCAGAUGUUCAGCCAGUUGAGGAUUCACUCUCGCACAAUUGCAGCUAUACACCAGUUUCAAAAUCAGUUUGGAUGACUUCGCUCUUUAAUUUUUAAGCUGCCUUGGGGGCUACCGCCCCCAAACCCCCGUUAAUUCAUCAUAGAUUGAUUCAUUUUACUCUAUAUCCAGUUAUAAACAGAUGCCUUGGUUUCUUAAAAUCUUCAUUCUCAUUGUUGCUUGCGUCAUCGUUGCUAGGUAGUAGCGAUUCAAUUCAACUUUCGGCCAGGAAACAGAAAAGUGGGUCCUUAAACUGCAGUCUAGCCACCCUUAGAAACUGACAUUAGUGUUCCAAUACUUUUGGCAGGAAUUCUAUGUAAUUUGGUGAUGAUGAUAUUAUUUUCUCGGGACGAUGAUAUUAGUUGCGGUUUAGUUGUACAUGAUAUUUUAAUAUUUUAAUCAAAUUUAAUAUCAAGACCAUAGUAUUCUGUGGACAUUGUAUCAAAUUGUGCUUCGUUGUAAAAUUGCUAGGAUAUGCAAUAUCCGAUUUAAACUCUCAACGUUUCAA